AUGUUGUUGAAGAUGUUCCCGAGACCCAACCGCAAGCAAACAAACAAACGAAAAAAAGGCAAGCAAGUUGCGGGUGAGCAAAGCCAACCGUCCAAACCGAAGCCGAAACAAUGGACGCAACUCGAGGAAGAAGCCCUAGCGAAGGCUUAUAUAGGCUCGUCCACACACCCCAUUAAAGGUCACAAUCAAACGGGUGGGGGGUUUUGGAAAUCGGUUUUGGCGAUGUUUCUUGAGCUAAUGGAACAAGGACCGUAUCGAGAUGUCGACUCGGUAUCUUCUAAGUGGCGAAAGAUGAGCGGGUUCGUCAACAAGUUUUCGGAAGAAUAUAAUAAAAUAUAUUCAAGUGGGCGUCGUAGUGGGAUGAGCGACGAGGAUGUCUUCAUAAAGGCAUUGAAAAAUUACAAGUCGAACCAUAAUACCACGUUCGCACACGUUCGGGCAUGGGAAGUUAUGCGAACCGCCCCAAAGUGGGUGCCGGUUCCGAACGAGGUGGAGAUGGCAAAACGUCAAAGAACCUCAGAGACCGGUAGUUAUAGCGCCGGCGGCUCGGACGGGAGAUGUCACAUAAAUUUAAACGACGACGCCUAG